AUGUUUCCGACAGGAGCCCUCCUGGCGCAAAGGGUUUACAAGGCCAAAAAGCCAUGGCCUCCCGACUUCUCGCUUCUCUCACAAAAGCACCAAUUCCGACUCGAACGGCGGUACCGACGACGGAUGAAAUUGAAGUUUGCACGGCCACGGCUACAGAAGGCUGUCAAGCUGGCGCAGGGAGGAAUUAUUAGCUGUCAGUCGAAAGAUUCCUACCCUAGCUUCGGCGGUCAAGAAUUUAUAUAUUGUAGCUAACAGCUUUUUGUUGGGCGAGACAGCUGUGGUCUUCUGGGCAGCGUUUAUCAAUGACUGGGGGGAGCGUGGCAAUAAGCUGGUUCAACCUGUAAGCCCAUCUCCGAUGCGAGCAUCUCGACGAUCUCGGUCCUUUCUAGCACUCAAACUCAUUAUUCUGUCAGCUUCGUAACUGGGUCUCCGAUUUGAAGAAAUCUUUCUGGAGUACACCCUCCCGUCCCGAAUUCAUUAAACCGCCCCGGGCUCCUCCAUCCUCCGGAAGCACCUCUGAGACAUCUGGUCAAUGAGCUUGGUUGAAAAUGGGUUGAGAAUGGAGCGGAUAGCCGACAGAAAAGCCCUUUCGAUUUCAAAGAGGUCAUAGGCAGCAUAGGUCACGGCACCAGUGUCGCCAGCGUAUCAGGUGAAUUGUUAUGUUAAGCACCAUACCCAUCCUAAAAAUCAGGGGUUUGUGCGAUCACUUUGUCUUCUUGUAUAUAUCAAAAUCCCCCCAACUCUACUCCAAACU